AUGGCGUCUUCACGAGGUUUAUGGCACGCGCUGAAAUCUAGACCAACGAUAAUUUCCGCCGUUGCAGUUGCAGGAGCUGCUACAUACUAUGGCACACGAUCGCUGCUCCCAUCAGGCCAUGCAGAGUCAAUAGAGGCGCCAAAGGUUUUUGGUGGCUUUGGCCCUAAGACCCUACGCCUCCAGAGCGUCGAUCAAGUCAAUCACAAUACCAAGCGCUUAGUCUUCGAGUUCCCAGAUCAGAGUGCUAAGAGCGGCCUAACCCUGACCUCUGCCCUUCUUACAUUCUCGUGGCCACAAGGCCGAUGGCUGCCAGUCCUCCGUCCAUACACACCUAUAAGCAACCUCGAGCAAGAAGGCUCCUUGGAACUGAUGAUCAAAAAAUACCCAAACGGAAAAGCUAGUAGCCAUCUCCAUUCACUCGCACCCGGCGACACACUCACCUUUAUGGCGGCACUGAAGGGGUUUUCAUGGACGCCAAAUCAAUUUUCCCAGGUCUAUUUGGUCGCGGGAGGUGCAGGAAUCACACCCAUAUACCAGCUUGUCCAGGGCAUUCUGAGCAAUCCGGAGGAUCAGACCAAGAUUAAUCUUGUGUUCGGUGUAAAUACAGAGCAAGAUAUUCUUCUCAGGGAUGAGCUCGAGCAGUACAGAAAGCAGUUCCCUGAUCGCUUCGAAUAUGUUUAUACUGUCAGUCACCCGAAAGAGGAAGUCUCCGGUCUUCGCAAGGGCUAUGUGACGGAAGAACUUCUCAAAGAGGUGAUACGGGGCUCUGGAAAAGAUACUCAUGUCUUUGUCUGUGGCCCACCUGGAAUGGAGAACUCUUUGGUUGGAUCUCGCAGUGCCCCGGGUAUCUUGAGUAGAUUGGGCUUUGAGAAGAAUCAGAUAUAUAAGUUCUAG